AUGGAUCCAGCGGCGGUAACGGGGGAGGAGGCAGCGGAACAGGCGGCGUUUCCGGUGGCAGCGGCGGCGGUGGCGGGAGCACCGGUGCCGGGGUCGGCGGCAGCGGCGGUGGCGGCGAUCGAGGAGACAGGGGAACGAGAGGAGCAACCGAGUGGUUGGCGCCGGGAGCGGCGGCGUCGCGGCGGCGGCGGCAGCGGUGGCGGCGGCGUCGGCGGUCAUUCGGCGGAUCCAUCGGCGGGGGACCCUGGCGGCUACAUAUCUCGCAGCCGUCCACCACCUGCGAGCUCCUAUCACGUGACAUCAAGCAGGGCGAGGGAUCGGCUAUAUCCGAGGACCGGCCCGUACGUCUCUGGGCCGCCGCCCCCGCCCCAUAUAGACCGUCAUCGUGGAAGUCUACCGCCGUCGUCCUGGUCGGCGUACGAGCCGACGAGUUCGAGGUAUGGUGGCGCGCCACCGCCACCUUCGCCCGCUACCAAUGACGCUUAUCAAGACGAGCAAGGAGGCGGCGGUAGCGGUAGUACUGGUGCUCUGCGACAGCACAAAAAACAGCGUAGAAAAUCGCGCAGUGGGAGCAGUUCGCCGAGCGGUAGCAGUCGUUCCGGAAGUAGCAGCAGCAGUCGAAGCGGUAGCUCGGGCGGCAGCUCUUCCGGGGGCAGCACGUCGCCUGGUAGCUCGCCGCAUCGCACGAGCAACGUAGCCGUCACGGAGGACCGCAGACCGUUGGCCAUCUGCGUUAGAAAUCUACCAGCCCGCAGUAGCGACACUUCCCUUAAGGAUGGCCUUUUCCACGAGUACAAGAAGCACGGCAAGGUGACGUGGGUGAAGGUCGUCGGUGCAGCUGGCGAUAGAUAUGCCCUAGUCGGUUUUAAGAAACCUGAAGACGUGGAGAAAGCACUUGAGGUUUCGCAAGAUAAACUUUUCUUCGGAUGCAAAAUUGAGGUGGUUCCUUAUCAGGGAUACGACGUAGAGGACAACGAGUUCAGGCCGUACGAGGCGGAGCUCGAUGAGUACCAUCCAAAGGCAACAAGAACAUUGUUUAUUGGAAACCUCGAGAAGGAUGUUACCGCAUCCGAGCUCAGGAAGCAUUUUGAACCGUUCGGCGAAAUAAUAGAAAUUGAUAUUAAGAAACAAGGUGCCGUGUCGAGUUAUGCUUUCUGUCAAUAUUCGGAUAUUGGUAGUGUUGUUAAGGCGAUGAGAUCGAUGGAUGGUGAACAUCUGGGUGCGAAUCGAAUUAAACUUGGAUUCGGAAAAUCGAUGCCCACAUCCUGCGUUUGGGUUGAUGGUAUUGGAGAUUGUAUGUCCGAAAAAUACUUAAACAUGCAAUUCCAUCAAUUUGGACCGAUAACUCAGGUAGUGGUAGACCGAGAGCGUGGUCAUGCUCUGGUCUUUUUCGAUCAAAUAAGUUGCGCUCAAGCUGCCGUAAAAGAGAUGCGGGGAGCUGCACUUCGUGGCCGCCGUUUGCAAGUCGAUUUUGCCUCAAGGGAAUGCCAAGAGACGUUUUACGAACAUCUCGAACGUCAAGGAAAUGCUAGUGAAAAGCCUUGGGACUCGAGGCCUUCGUCAGCAUCGUCAUUUGAUGUGACGAUUCCUUCUAGGCGGGAGCGUAGUAGCUUUGACUCGGCAGUGUCGGUGUCGAGUUCGAAUAAUAGAUUCACACGCUACGAUACGCCCCCGCGAUCGAGAACGGCGAAUUAUUCACGAACUUCCGGAGGCAGUACACCGGGCGCGAGUCCAGCCCAUUCGACAGCGAUGUCGCGAAGUAGCAGACGAUCCUACCAGGAUUCCUAUUACGAUGCUGAUUACGGUGAACCGACGUCGCGACGGUUUCGCAGCUAUGACGAAUUCAGUCAAGGCAGCGGAACCAGUCACGAUGAUUAUCAGAGCAGCGUUCUCAGCGACGGCAAGCUCAACGACGAAGAUUGUCCGCCACCGUCACGACGUCAUACGGUGCAAAGCGUUGUUACGAGCGUUGAUCCACCUGCGCCACCGCCACCAUUAUUACCUCCACCUGACAUUCGACAUCUGCAAAAGGAGCGCGUCCAUUUGCUAGAGCAACUCGAGGAAUGUCACAGUAGCGGCGACGAGGUCGGUUUCGUGCCUAAGAAACGUGCGAAACUUGAUAGUUCGUCGACAACAAUACUAUGUGAAGAUGACGAGCCAGAAAUCGCAUCGUUACUCGUUACCUCGCAUUCUAGUAGAAAAGGCAUGGACUUUAGACGCGUUAGUGAUAGCAAAGUAGUGGUGCAUCAUAGCACAAGAAGAGGUAGUUGCGAGGGCAGGGGUCCUGGACCUUGUAAACGUCGUCGGGAUGCCACGAGCAGGCAUCACGAACAUCAUGAUGGAUCUCGACCGGGUACUCCUCUUGUUGAUGAACGACCGGAGAAUUUGGUACCUAGUGAGCCAAGACGAUUUAGAGAAAAGAGUCAAGACGGUCCAUUGUCGUUGCCUUUACCAAGGUUUGCGGCACAAAUGUUGAACAACAACAAUAAUACAAGCAGCAGUAAUAACAACAAUGGCAGCAGCACUCGAUCAAGCAGUGCCAGUCUUGCCAAAGUUGCUAGUCCACCGUGUGCCAGCUUGUCUACUGCGCCCAGUCCUCGUGCCGCUCCACAACCUCCAGCUUCGCCGCCUCCCAGACAUACCAGCUCAAGCCCAACCAGUUCCGACAGCGAGACAGCGCCGCAGUCUCCUAGUCUAGAGGAGAGGAUACGCUCUCUAGAUGAAAAGUAUGAAAAGUGGUCUGGUUCGAGAGCAUUGAGUGCUGCUGGCGGUGAUGCACUGGCAAAACUCGAUGCUAGCGCUUCAGAAAGGUUCCGAUUUCGGCAUAAACUGCUCGAUAUGGAUCUUCAUGAGGUGCAACCUUCCGACAUCGUAAAGUCGGUUCUCGCGAAAAGAAGCGUGUUCGAUGAAGACUCAAAACGAUUGGAGAACUUUAAUGAAAAGUACGAACCGCGAGAAUUUACUGGUGUUAUUGGUGUUAGUUCUAUGAUCGGGAGUACCGCUGGUCUUACCACUAGUGGUGGCUGUACCAGCAAAGUUUGUCUGCAGUAUCCGUUUCCUAGUCAUCCGCCGGUACAGCCGACCAGCGGUACUUCGGUUAGUCAAGUCGGCAUUAAUACCUCAUUGUCCGCGAGUUUGACCGCGACGACAACCUCGAUGGCCCCGUCGAUAUUGAAGACCGAUCCGCGGAUAGUGCAGCAUAACUGUAUACAUCCAACGCCGGCAACGCCGAUCACACCUGGUACUUCUAUCAAGACAGUUAGUCCCGAAUUACCACCGGUUUCUCUACCGAUCGGUCUCGUUAGUGGAACGGUAGCCAAUAGUGGCAACGGUAGUGGUUUAGCGUCAGCCAGUAGUCUUCUAAGCAGCAAUGGUAGCAUAAGUAACAUUCACACUCUUGGAGCCUCGACACAUCGAGGAUUGAGCAUCUCUACAACUACCGCGUCGCCCACGGUGACUGCGGCGUCAAUAGAUGCCUUCUCGCCUGCAACAACAGCAGUAUCUGUUACGACAACCUCGUCAACGGUAGCAGCGACAACGACGAUGUCAGUAACAGGCGCGAUAUCUUCCAUGACUACUACCAGUUCGAUAGCUCCACCGUCUUCCAUAACAUCCUCAUCUAAUUCUUCCUCGUCAUCGUCAUUAUCCACAUCUUCCACAGAUUUGACUCGUUCUCGUUUGAGAAAGGAAACGAGCGGUAGCAGCCGAGAAAGUAGAGAUUCUCGCGACGGAAAAGAUAGCAGGGAAUCGAAACAUAAUAAAGGGAAAGAGUGUCAAAGAAGAUCACGGAAAGAAGAAACUGACAUCGAAAGAAAUCGUAAAGAUAAAGAUGAAAAAGAAAAUGCAAACGACACCAGCAAUACAGAUAAUCAUAAUAGAGACUUUAAAGAAAACAAAGAAUUAAGGUAUGAUCGAAAAGAAAGAGAGGAAAAAGAAAGGAGGGAUAAAGAAGAUCGUGAUAAACAAGAUCGGGACAGACAAGAGAGAAAGGAUAAGGAAGAUCGUGACCGACAAGAGAAAAAAGAAAGGGAAGAACGCGAAAGGCGCGAAAAGGACGAGGAGAGACGAGAAAAAGAAAGACAAGACAAAGAACGACAGGAGAAAGAUAGAAGAGAGCGGGAAGAAAGAGAACGCGAGAGAAAGGAAAAGGAAGAGAAUGAGCUUAAAGAAAAGGAGAGGCGAGAGAAAGAACGUGUCGAUCGUGAGAGGAGAGAACGAGAGGAGAAAGAACGGAAAGAACUGAAAGAGCGCGAAGAGCGUGAAAGGAGAGAACGCGAAGAACGAGACAGAAAAGAACGGGAAAUUCGUUUGGAGCGUGAAAAACAAGAAAAAGAACGACUUAAAAGGGAAAGGGAAGAACAAGAAAGAAGAGAGAAAGAAGAACGAGACAGAUUAGAGCGAGAAAGGAGGAGAGAAGAAAAGGAACGUCUUGAACGAGAAAGAAAACGAGAAAGAGAAGAGAAAGAGAGACUAGAGCGUGAACGGCGAAAAGAAAAGGAAGAACGAGAAAAGAUGGAAAAGGAGAAACGUGAGAAAGAAGAACGAGAGAGGCUUGAGAAAAUUGAAAGGGAGAAACAUGAAAAGGAGAAGCGACGAGAACGUGAAGAUCAAGAGAGGCGGGAGAAAGAGAAAAUCGAGCGCGAAAAAAGAAGAGAAGAAAAAGAGAAAGACAAGAAAGAACGUGACGAUAGCAGACGACAGUCGACCGAAAAUCAUUUACAUCCUUCUAUUACUUCUCAAUCUCAGAAUCAAAUUGCUCCAGCACCAGUGCCGAUCAAGCGCAGGUGUUCGUCGCAGGAUUGCCCCACAGACGAGGAUACUAAACGUGCGAAACUUUCGGAUCAUCGGCGAGACAGCAAAGACCGGUCUAGGCAAAACAGGAGAUCCGAAGAUCGCAAGCAUCGUAAUGAUUCGCAUCGUUCUAGUCGAGAAAGCAGGGAGAGUCGUGACAGUAAAGAAGGCGGUAAUACGCAAGAUAGUAGAGACGGAACGCAUGAAUCGACACGGGAAAAUAAUUCGAGGGACAGUGGAAGCAAGGAGAAACAGAGGAGCAAAAAGAAUCGAUCAGAGAAGGAAUCGAGAGAGCGCAGCCCGAGAGUCUCGCAUGAAUCCGACAAAGAAUUUCUAUCAAGGUUGGAACUUUCCAAGAGAAAUGACUCGAGUCCAUCGACUGAACAAUCUUCUGUGGGAACAAAUCACAGAGACGCGCAACUUCAUCAACAACAACAAUCUACAGUGAAUUCUCAUAGCGACGUGGACGAUGGUCCUCUCUCUACUCAUGAAAUACAGGCGAGAAAUCCAUCGGCCACGGAUACAGACAGCGACGAGCCUAAGAAGCAUUCAAUCUUCGAUAUUGUUGAUGACGAACCUGCUUACAUUAGCAUGUAUGACAAAGUGAAAGCUCGUUCGACAAAGAACAUGCAAAAAUUAGAAGAAGAAAAGCGUCAAGUACGUUUGAAGGAUAAAUUUUCGCAGCUGAAGCAAAGUCGUGCUAGACGAGAGGAGAAGAAGCAAAGCACAUCGUGGGACGGAGAUUCAGUAAGCAGCAAAGCUCUGACUGAAGACGAGGCUACUUCCGAAUCAGAUUCAACAAGAACCAAAACUCUCUCGAGAAAAGGCUCGCGAUCUCGCAUUCAUUCGGACACGAGCGAGGAAGAGGAACCAUUCAACAACAAGAUCCGUAAGGCUGUGAAGACAGAAAGAUUCCUCGAAAGCGAUGUCGAUCUCGGUUUUGCCGAUACUGAAGAAAAGCAGAAUAUCUUGGAAACUCCGAACGUUAUAGUUAAUAGUGUACAUACGAAUAUUAAGGAAGAGCCUCGUACGUCCGACGAAGACGAGCGAGCCGCUGUUGGUUUCCGUACAAAUCAUCCCACGAUAGUGGUGAAUAAUCAUGAGAGAGAUUCGCGAAAGAAAUCACACAAAAAGAAACAGAAACGUCAAAAGAACAGCAUCUCGAUCGAAGAGAAUUUGAAGGUUGAACCGAAUGUAGAACAUAAAAAUAAAACUGAUAUUACGUCGAAUGCGGACUGCCGACCGAAUCACGGCACGGAAUUGACAACUGUCGCCACUGCUACGACCAUCGUCACAACAGCGUUAGAGAACGCGGAGGAAAGAAUGCGGGUCGAUAAGAAACAACGUAAUAAAAAGGAGAAGAGACGCGAUCGAAACGGAGAAGAUAAAGCUAAAGCGAGGCGAAAGAGGCUCAACAGGCAAGAAGCGAGGGAUUCUCAACGUAUGGAGGAUAUCUUUGGUCCUCUCUCAGACGACGUUGACGAUGCUCCAUCUAACACGUUCUUCAAUAGAUUUGGUAACAUGACGUCGGAGAACAGUGUUUAUGCUUCGGAUAGCGAUGGUGGUCGUAGCUCACUCGACAUGGACAGAGUGAAACGAAAGACAGAAAAGAAACGGCGUCAUCAACCGGAGGACGAGAACAGCGUCGAUCUAGCUGAAGCCGGACGGGAGAUCGAAGCAAAACUCUUGGGUAUACCGAAUUCUCCAAAAGCCGCUCCCGCGUGCACGACUGAACCCAAUGAUCAUGAUGUCUUUCGAUUCACUGACGAUAAUGACAGUGUCGAACCGUCCACCCCUACGACAGUGCCGGAGAAAGUCAAGGAGAAAAAGAAAAAACGGAAGAAGUCAAAAGAGGAACGCAGUCGGAAGGAUUAUCAUCACCAUCAUCAUCAUCAUCAUCAUCAUCAUGAAAAGAGCGGCGAAUUACCUUAUUUGGGUGCCGAACCUAGUCCACCAAGAGCGAGCAGUCCAUUAGUAUCUAAGACAAUAUCGCCCAGCUUGCCCACGUCUAGAGAAACACUAUUAAGCCCUAUACCUAAAGUGACUUCCAACGUAUCGACUAUACCGUCGAUCACUCCACCAGUCGUGACCAGUAACAUUCAAACUCCUAAGUCAGAGAAGAAGAAAGAUAAGCUCAUACCUGGCUUUGGAAUAGAAAUAGACGAGACGAUUCACGAGAAUGCUGUAAAAAGUAUUUCGGAACCGGAUGAAAGGGAUAGUAAUUGUCAAUCGCGAAACGGCAGGGAAGAACCAGAAGUACCUGUAGCAACGACACCACCGGCUCAGAGCGAAGACAAACCACGAGUAGCGAUAUCGCAGGAAGAAACGGAAGAUGCCGUUGCCGCGUUACUUGAAGAAACAUUCGGCGCUUCGACGGAGGACUUCUCAUAUGAGGGUGAAGAAGAAGAAACAGAAACCGACGGGGUUGCUGGAGCAUCGGCCGAAGCACCUCAGGAAGAUGUCGAGGAAAUGCAGCAAGCGGUUGAAAGUCUGAAUGCUUCGACGGGAGAAGGCGACGCGGACAUGAAACCGGAUACACCGCAAAGCGAACACGAUCUCCAAAUUGACACGGACACGGAGGAAGAUCCAAAUUAUGAAACGGUCGAUCUCACGCAACCGCCAAAGACACCAGACAUACCGUCGUUCUACAAAUCUCCAACGAAAACAUUGCCUAUGACGCCUGCUUUAGCUACGACUGAGAAGCCGGUCGAAAUACGAUUACCAUCCGGAGUUACAAAACCACAGAGUCCACCUUCUGUGAUUGCACAUUCUUGGAGCGAUUGCUCAUUUUUGAACGAGCACAAGUCACGAGAAGCCGUGAAAUCUCACCAGUUAAAGACUAACGAUUCAGACGCUGACGUCAGCAGUCCAGAAAGACCAACGCAGGUACAAAUAACGUCCGCGUCGCCACCACCACCUCAAUAUAAACAGCCUAUGUUAGUACCUUGUAGCGUACCUAUCACAAGUGACGUACCGAAAUCGAUCUCCGUUCCGAGUUCGCGACCAUCGCCGAUUACAGUGCAGCCUCUGUAUCAAAGACUCCCUGUGUCUCCACAGUCUCAAAUGGUACCAAUGCGUCAAGCUUCUCCAAAAAUGCAAAACGUCACGACAGUUUCCUGCUCGUCCUCUUCCAACAUGACACCGUUGCCGCCUCUGGUCCCGUCAAGAAUGCCACCUUUGGUACCGUCGCAGCCAUCACCGCGCGUUUCUCAACCGCUUUCGCCUAACGGACAAUGGUCACGGAAUCCUACGUUGAAUCCGCACGUGCCAAAUGUAGGAAAGAGGAAAUCGUCACCGCCACCUACUAAGAUCGCUGUGUGUGUGCCUAUUCCCGCCCAGAGACCGGAAACGCCGGUUCAGCAAAUUUAUUCGACUGCGGCGACUCAACAGCCUGUAAUACAGCAUGCCUCGGGAAUGCUGGCGCCUGCACCCGGUUAUCCUCGUGGUGGUUUACCGCCUUUGACCCUGAACAUCCCGCCGCGGCCUUAUAUGCCAGUGCCACCGUUGGCAUCCGGCAUACAGGUCAAGAAUUCGCGCGAUGCCUCUCUGGGCGGCAAAUCCGUAAUCGAGACACUACUUCCUAUAAACCCGAACGAACCGCCUCAAAGACUAGACGAACCAAAGUUAUCACCUGCCGUUAUACCAGAGCCGACUAAUAAAGCAUCAACGUCUCCUAAGGUUCCUUCACCAAAUCAGCCACCCACGUAUAUACCUGAAACGGCAAAGAUUGAGAUCAACGCUAGCACAUCCAGUCCAGUGUUCGGCAAAUCUGCUUACGUCACGGAUAGUUACACGAUGUCAUCUAGAACGCAGAAGCAAAUGUCCAUGUCCAUCACAACAGAUAGUAAUUUGCUGUCGCCGAGACAAAAACAGGAGAUGUCAAAUCUUCAACUUCUAACUACACAUGUACCUCGCUCUUCUACUCCCAGUCCUGUGAUCGUGGCUCACGGUCAAUCUCACUUACUUCACAAAUCUGUACAUUCUUUAGGCCCACCAACUGUCUCUUCUCCGAAUCAGUCAUUGAUAAAGACCGUGGUACCUGUAGUUCCUCAACAAAUAACGUCGAACACACCAUCGGUGCCCAGCGACAAAUGCGUCAUCCCGCAAACGCCCGCUGCUUGUCAGAGACAGUCGCCUGUUUCUCAAAGUCAAGUAGCCAAGUCUCACAUACCUUUGGUAUCUACAGUAUCACAGACAAUCAUAACUAGAGUACCAUCUACCGUAUCUUCUGUGUCAACUCCAUCAAUGAACGAGCAAGCCACGCCAGAAUGUUUAGAGCCACGUAUAAUCCAAGGACAACAGUUGGAGAUGGAAAGUGAGACACAGAUUAGUCAAACUGUUCAACCAAUGCAACUUACACCACCUAUACAAUCUACGCAACCAAUGGAUGAGAUAAAGAAGGAACCAGCAGACGUCGAGCAGGAAGACAUAAUGGAAGACACUGCAUAUAAUAUAGAUGAAUCUGAAAAGCCACUGUGCGUAAAAGAAGAAGAUGUGAAACAGGAGAAGCAAGAAAUAAUUAAUACAGAGAUUGCGUCGUGUCCUAAGGGCGAACCUAUGGAUGUGAUUGUACCGAAGAUCGAGACGGAAACUUCUAUAAAAUUGGAACCUGUGAAUGAAAUUAAAGAGGAAGAGACUGUAAAGGAAACUGACGAAGUAGAAUUAGAUGAAGAACCAAUAGAGGACCCAUUAAAAGAACCAAGCACAGAUCCUCUCGCUAUCGAUUCCAAGGAAGAUCCAACUGAUAGUAAAGAAGAUAGUGAUUACUGGUCUGCAAAAGAAGUGAAUAUCGAAAGUGUUAUAAAGAAAGUUGACGCUCUAUGCGACGGUGAAGGUAACGACGGCGAUGAUGAAACGCAACAGGGCAACGAGAGCAUGAAUAGUGAUUCGCACGACACAAGCAAGAACGAGUCUGAUUGGUUUGAUGCCGAGUCGACGGAGAGCGAGAGUAAGAAGAACUUUAUCUCGGGUGACGAUCACGAUGAGAGUGUGGAAACGUGUGAAAACGAGUGUACGAGGAGUCGUCGCGGCAGAACGAAGAGCAGACGCGGUAGCCGUGGCGGGGUUACUACCAGGCGAGGUGGCAGAAACGCAAGCGCCGUCUCUCAUCGACGAGGUGGUAGAAGUUCCAGGGGUAGCAAACAUCACGUUGAGAAGAAUAAGUUGCCAGCUGACGUUUAUGAAUUCCACGAUGACAGUGAAGAGGAUAAUGCCGGUCGUCCACGACUCAUUCUCACGAUUAAAUCUCCCGGACCGAACGUAACUGGACCAAAUGCGCAGCCGGCGACACCUGUGGCCGCGGUCAAAGAAGUACCACCAGAGGAAUUCGUUUCUCCGGCCGCCAACACGAGAAAAUCGAGAAGAUUAGCUGAAAGAGAUGGCAGCCGUAACACGGUUGAUGACGUCAUUGAAGAUGUUGUUCGCGGAUCACCGGCGAACAAAGGAUUAAUUAGCGGUAACGCCGGAAAUGUGCAUGCUACUAGACGAAGCACCAGGCAUAACAAUAUUCCGCGUACGGUGCAACAAUCCGUCGUACCGCUGACAGAACUUCGCAAAUCACCGAGGAGUAGUCGCAAAGCAGUGAGACGAACAUCGGAGAAUAAUGACGACAGUGGAGAAGAAAAGGUGAAAGAAAUAAUAACAACACUGCAGGAGGUUCCGAGCAAGGAAGAACCGAAAUUGGCUCAGCCAGAAAGUCCGAAAGCGGAAGAACCAGCUCAAGCUGUUACAUCAGCGACGCUGAAGACGGUAUCGCACGAGCCGAUGACGUUAAUCGAUCCAGUCACGGGAAUGCUGAUACCAAUGAGAGAAUCUGAAGAGGGUCAAUACAUCCCGGUAUCUACAUCGUCUGGUCAAGCGCAAGUUACCAACAGAACACUUAGCGAACCUCGAAGCGGUGGAUUACAAAGUGCAAGUCCGACGAAUGAAACGCCGCGAAUAAAAACUGUUUCCGAGAGUUCCGUUUUAGUAUCAACAGAGCCGAAGAAAGAAGCCGUUAUAGAGCACGCGUCUUGUCAGUCAACACCGUCCCAACAAAUUCAACCACAAACUAGCGUAAUUACGAAACCACAAUCUCCAGCGAUACAAGUCACCUCCACCAUUACUGUUGCGCAAUCUUCAACAAUAGGCACGACUAUCGUGACUACCGUGUCUGCGACGACCGCACCAACCACGACGCCACAACCAAUAUCCACCUCUCCUCCGCAGACGAAACCUACGAGUCUCAAGGCGCACGUGUUGAACGCUAGCAAGUUAGUGACAUCGGCUCAGCAGCAGGUUAUCACGAAACCAGUUACUGCAAGUUUGCCUAAUCAAACGAUAGUACAGAACAUCGUCAAGCCACCCACGCAAGCGAUACAAGGUCUCAAUUUGCAAAUACCACCUGGCAGAGUCGCAUCACCCAGCUUGAGUCCACAUGCGAAACAGGCAGCGCCGCUGACCCCAACGAAUGGAAAGCAAGGACAACCCAUGUCUCCCGUGCUCAACAAUACUGGAACGCCGCCUAAUCCUAAGCAGCAUCUUCUUCAAGCGGCCAAGCAACAAACAUCGACGAUAGUGAAUAUGCCACAAAAACUGCCGAUAAACAUACAUCCUGCCAGUGUAAACGUUAGUACUCCGACACCAAGAAUCCAUCAACCAGUCUCGCAGCCCACCACUGCUCUAAAGGGUAUAAAUGGACAACCUCAUCCGCUGAAUCCAAAAACGCAUUUGCUACAAGCUGUGGUUCCACCGGCGGUAGCUAGUUCACCCACGCAACCGCAUCUCGUCAAUCCACAACAGAUUUCAUCUGUCGUGAAUAGUGUCCGACCACCGGGACCAAAAGCUCCUACUACUGGACCAAUGGAACCACAAAAGGUGGAAGUGCCAAUGUCUGGUUGUAUUAUGGUGCCAACCGUAAGUCCGCAAAGUCGUAGCGUACCAAUGCCAACGUACGAGGCUCCAUUGCAUGGAAGUACGGGUGCUACUCCACCAGGGGGUCAGUAUGGUCUUGUUCCCCCGCAUCGUCCCCAGAGCCCUCCAUUGCCUCCACCUGCUCACCAUCACGCUAAUACUUCACAGAAUGAAGUUGUCAAUCAUUACGGAGGACUGACUCGUGAUCAUUAUUUGCAUUCUCCGAUGUUCCAAUAUCAAUAUCUUCGCGCGGAAGGGUUAACUGCUCCUCGCAUAGCUUAUCACAUUCCAGGAACAAGAUCUCCGCACUUACCUUUGGACCCGAAACUCGAGCCUGGCAUAGAAGACAGUCACAGUCCACCUUUAGAAUUGAGACGCGGUACGAGAACACCUCAGGAUCGUACUACCGAUAGUCCGCAAAUUGCUCAAGUUUACAUGUUACAUGGAGCAAUGAGGUCGUUACCACCGCCUCCACCGCAGUAUAACACAGGAAGUAAUCCAUCGUUAACCGGUGCACCAGCUGGCGCUAGAGCGAAUUAUUAUGAACCACCACCUGCUCACUUACGCUCUCAAUAUCCCAUGCCUGCCAGUGAAGCUCCAUCUGAAAUGGGUAGAGCUCCUACGCCGGAUAGAUGUAGAAAACAUCAAGUCGUUACUCCACCACUUUACGCGUCUCAGGUGCCACCGCAAGCGGACUCGUUUCAAAUGUUACUCCAACGUCAUCCGGUUAUGUGGCAAGGUUUAUUAGCUCUCAAGAACGAUCAGGCGGCAGUACAGAUGCACUUUGUCUUUGGCAAUCCCAGAGUGGCUAGAGAUAGUCUACCGUGUAACAGCGAUGGCUCCACACCACCAUUGAGAAUAGCGCAAAGAAUGAGAUUGGAGCAAACUCAAGUCGAAGGCGUGGCAAGAAAGAUGCAAACUGAAGAUGAACACUGCAUGCUGUUGGCACUACCCUGUGGCCGUGACGAAGUAGAUGUAUUACAACAAAGCAAAAAUCUUCAAACAGGAUUUAUCAUGUAUCUUCAACAAAAGCAAGCUGCUGGAAUCGUAAACAUUGCUGCACCUGGGUCGCAACAGGCGGCGUAUGUAGUUCACAUUUUCCCGUCCUGUGAUUUUGCGCAUGAAACUUUGGCAAGAAUUGCACCGGACCUACACCACCGCGUCGCAAAAAUCGCUCAUCUAUUAAUCGUCAUUGCCACGGUUUGAGGCCGAUCAGCGACUUACUGGAUUAUAAUCUGUCCAUAUCUCUCGCCUUCGCGCACCGCAGGACGCUUCGCACGUGGUAUGAAGCCUGGAGUGUCCGUAUGACACCGCAUAGUUAUGCGAUGAAAAAGAGAGAUGCAUUCAAGAAGAAGAGCUCUUUGUCUGGAGUUGUAUCAGUGACAAUCAAAUGGAACCCGGCAGUAAGCCGAUCUUUUAGAUCGUAGGCCUAAAGAACAAGGCACGAGGUUGUGCAGUGAAGCGAGGUUAGCACCUGAUUAUCAUCGUGCGUGCCUCUCUUCGAUGAAUUUCGCGCGAGCAAGCUUAUUUCGUUCUCUUGUCUCUCUUUCUCCCCAUUUUUUUUUCCAUUUUUUUUCUUUUGGACAGCUUGUGACUCGCGUCAAUCAUUGACAACGUUUGUGGGAUCGACCGACGUCACUCUUGGUCUUUCCGACAAGCGGGUCAGGCACAACCUCAGCCCUUAGAAACAAGACCUUCGAUUCGUCGACACGCGACGCCCAUUUACUUACGCUCGUCCUUCCCAUAUAGGAAACAAUAAUAAUUCGUUGCUCUAGAUGGACAAGUGGACUGCGAAGCAUAAUAAUAAAUAGGAGAACCUUAACAUACACUCAUCGCUAUUACAUUUGAAUUAUUUUAAGCGAGAUCUAGGCGUUAAUGAUAAAUUGUGUAAAUUAUAUAAGCGAGCCACCGAGGGCAUAACUACUGUGAUUUUAAGUAUUUAACGAUAACAUAAUUGCGUAUAAGGAAGAAGAGAAGGUGACAAAAAGUAAAAACAUAUAAGGGGAUGCCCGACUAAUGGUCCGCGCGGUAUGUGAUGUGUUUUUGUAUAAUAUUGCUCUAUAUAAAUAACUAUGUAUUAUAUUACCGUAAUUGAUAGUUUGCUGCUGCUGCUGCUGCUGCUACCGUUGCUGCUGCUGCUGCUGCCGUCGGUCACGUCGAAUUAGAAUGUAAAUUACAAUGUUAGACAUCUAGCACAGAGAAACGAGAAAUAAGUUGGGCUACCCGAGUAGGAUUUCCGAUCUAUUCGUGGAUCUAUUUGCGAGUAUAGUGUACCAUAAUUACCCAGAGCAGGAUGCGAAUUUGUGAAUUAUUAUUAUUAUUAUUAUUAUUAUUAUUAUUCUUAGCAUACUCUUAGCGUCGUAUAAAAAGAUUUUUAACGUUACUACUUAUUCUUUAUCAUUAUGAUUAUUAUGAUUAUUAUUAAUAUUAUCACCAGUGUUUCCAGUGUUGCCAGAGUCAGUAUAAUUCUAACACACGUACACGCAUACACACACAACAAUCAGAGCAAGAUGGAAAAUUUUGUACAUUACAACUGAAAUAAAUUAGACGAUGAAUCGGUUUUCUCUAGUAAGAGAGAGAAUCGUAUUUUGUUUAAUUUAUUUCAACAAAUGACUUUGGUAAUACUGAUCAUUACCCAUUCUUAUUACUGUUAUUAUUAUUAAUAUUAUUAAAGUACUAUUACCACUGCUAUUACUAUUAUUACUACUAUACUAUUACCACUACUACUACUUACUAUUACUACUACUACUCUAUCACUACUAUUACCGCUGCUAUUAUUAUUAACGUUAUUACAGCAGGCUAGCUAGGGCAUACCAAUCUGCACAUUUAAGAACGAAUGGGGCUUAUUUGUCAUACUGAGAGAAAUAGUAUGACCGAUCUCAUUGACCAUUGACGCCGCCCCACACACACUUCCAUCCUACAAGAGUUAAAUAUACCCGAGCGGAACGGACUACGAACGAGCGGCAAAUGCAAAUGGAACGUUAGCUUGUUCAAUUCGCCAUUCGCCGUUCGUUCGCUUCAUUGUUCGUUUGCACGUGCAGUGUACACCUACCUUUACAUCCCAUCCCUCGAUUCCGUCGUACGACGACUCAUAGACUCUUUAGCAUUCGUGUCCGAGAUAAUAAAUGCGCUUAUGUGUAUAGACCAGAGAUUACACUAUAUCACACCAAGCCGUCAAAAAACAUUUUAAGUAAAUUAAGGAACUUAUAUCUAUUUACGAUAUUAUGCUGCUGCGCGUAGGGCGUAUGCCUCUAGAGAGUAAUCUUCAUGCAAAAGUAUCAGGGAUGGACGAAACGUGCAUACGUUCGUUCUAAUUCCAAAUUAUGAGGACGCUUUAAAAAGCAUAAAUAUUUUAAAAAUAUUUCAUCUUUGAAAUAAAGAAAAACUUAAUCUUUUUUUUUAACAGUGUUGUUAUGAAACGAUGCGUAGUAUAGUUCAUCUCGUAGUAUACUUAUUUACGAAAAUUGCGGAUGCAACACUCUAGAGCGAGAAACACGAUUGUUUAUUUUACUUUCCUAUUUCAUUGUUCCGUUAUUAAUUUUAAAAACGACUGACGAUUCGACGAAUCUGUUAAUUUUUAUUUAUGGCGAUAAAUCACAUUCGUUCCGUCCAUCCCUGUAAUUUAUAUUACUUUAAGGCAGCGCGGAUACUCGCGGAGCGUGUGUAUGUACAGUGUAAAAGAUGCGUUGUGGAUAUGUACAGUGUAGAGGUAUAAUUGAGCGAGCAAGGUGAUAAAAAAAAAACAAGCGCGUAUAUAUUAUAGCUACGAAUAAGCACAUAAGGCACGGACGUGUGCACGUGUCGCGCGACGUCUCGUUUAUUUUCACAAAAGCGCUGUGUUUUUUCCCUUUCGCUCUUUCUUCUGCAGCCAGUCAUAUAGUGUGCAGGUGCAGGAUCACAUAUUUCCUGUGCCGUUGUUACGCGACGCGUGCGCCCGUCGGUGAGCCUCGUCUAUCUUGUAAAAUAUCUGUGAAUAUUAUGAUUUAGUUUCUUCCUAUUUGUAGGCUACAAGGUAUACAAAAAAAUGUUUACGUUAAUCAUUUAAGGAGAAUGUACAGAUAUCACUAUAUCCUUUUUUGUUUUGUGUUUUACUGUAGUUAUUGAUAAUUAUAUGGAUAUUAACGAUAAUAAUAACUAUGAUUAAAAAGAAAAAACUUAAGCACGGCUCGAUUGCGUCAUUCUUGAAAAACCCGCUAAUAUGCGCAAUAUAUUUAUUCUGUGUAAGAAAACUCGGUGAUAAUGUAUCAUUUGUAUAUUAGUAAUUACGUGAUCUCCUAAUAAUCGAAAAAAAAAGAAUGAAACUUGGAUAGUAUUGAUAUACGUUGCGACGUCACACCGUUCCAUCUCCUAAAUUCGUCACAAUUCUCCAUGAUUUAUUUCCGCGCCGUCUUCAUGCGUUCUUCUGAAAUGUUAAUGCGUUAAAAAAAACGUAUGUUAAGAACUUUCUUUUUAUAUUAGAUCAGGAGCUGGACUUCUCGCUAGAAAGGUAAUAUAAUAAAACACAAACUAUUACCUCUA